ACGCUUGCAUCGCCUUAUUAAUUUAUCUUUAGAUAAUGUAAGAAGCCAAUUAUUGAAAUAUCUCUUUUUAAUUUUAAUUCAUUUAUUUUUAAUAGGCGAUUGUGCAUCUGUUAAUGCUGAUUCCUGGCAUCAGUUAAAUAUCAGAUUAUAAUCAAAUUUGUAUUCCUCGAGUUUAUAAAAAUUUUGGUACGAUUGUACUUCAAUAUGGCGAACCGCGACAAAGGACGCAGAAAGUGGGGAGGAUUUUUACAAGAGAACACAAAAUUAGAAAAGGAUAAAUCAAUGGGAAUGCGAGGUGGAGGAAACAGAGCAUCUCAAGCUUUGUAUAGACCAGGAAGUGGACCUCUUCGAAAGUCUGGUAGAUCUACAGAUGACUUAGAUAAUGAGAAUAUAUCACAGGAAAAACCGAAAUCAAGCUCCGUCCAAUAUCGUUUAAAACAAUCACAAUCCAAUAGAUCCAAUCAAAUGCAAAAUAGUCCACCAUCAUCUCAAGUUGAAAAUGUAACAGAAAAAUUAAAUGAUUUAAAUAUUAACUACAAAAGUUCUACAAACAUUGAGCAGGCACAAGAUUCUUCUCAGACCAGUAAUUCCGGAGAUUCAAGAAAAAAAUCUAAGAAACCAGAACAGCAAUUGUACAUACCUAAAAAAGUGAAAGAAGCAUUGGCCGAACAGGAUGUAAUAAAUAGAUCUCCGAAUCAAGGGGGUUGGGAUCGGGAUCAAGAGAGAGAACACAGCGAAGAUCGUGAUUCUCAUUCCAAUCGUAGCUAUAAAAGUGAUAGUCACCGUAAUCGUUCAGGUGGUUACAGUGGACGAGACAAUGAAAGUGGAAGUAAAAACAGAGAUGAUCAUGGCAAAAGAUAUUCGGGUAAUCGUCGAAAUCGUCAUGGCAAUGAUAACGAAGAGCGUUGGCGAUCUGACUCUCCUUUGUCUAGUAGAAGUUACGGAUGUCGCAAAGAUAGCUCUCGUGAAGUUAGACAGGGUUCAGAACCUCUUUUUGUAACAACGAAUCACGUAAAUGAUUUUAAUCGUACUAGAGAUACGCGUAGUGUAGAACCCGUUGGACAUCCCGAGAAAUUUCAAGGCAAACCACCUUCAGGUAAAUGGGGUGGUACAAAAGAUAGUUUGCCAAAAAAUAUAAAAAUAGAACAUUUACCACCUAGAUUACAGAAAAAAUAUCUUAUCGAUAAUGGUUUACCAUUACCACCAAGUACAUCGCCUUCAGAAGAAGCAUGGAAUAGUAGUAGUAUCACUUUUCAGGCAUCAUCAAAUUAUAAUUUUCCACCUGCAAUGCAACACUCACAAACUAUGCAAAAUUUACCUCCAUCUGGUCCAUUACCUCCACAAUCUAGCUGGUCUAACACAGUUCCAGCACGAAGUAGAGGCAGAGGUAGACUUAGACCAGAAGACUUAGAAACUUCAACUAACAGUUUUAGGUGUGUUACACCUGAUCAGUAUUCAGCUCCAAGUUCCAGAUCUCAUACACCAAGCCAAGAGUACAUGCAAAGGUCCUAUGAUCGUCGUGGUAGUAAUAGCACUAUGUAUACUAGUAUGGAAAGUUUAAGUCGCGCUGAUAGCUCAAUGAUGCCACCACCGUCGUCGGCGUCACCCGUUACUUCAACAUCUAAUACAAAUAAACGUCAAAAUUCUCCAGAAAGUCAUCGUCGAGGAGUAUCUCCACCUCCAGCUUCUCAUCGUCCUCAAACGCAACGUCUUAAUACUAAUGCGAUCGAGCGCAGUACCUCACAGGAGAAUAAAAAUGAUCAAAAUUUAGGAAUUAGCCUAUCUAAAAGCGAGUCCGUUAAUACGGGAUCAAAUACAUCUGUUGAACAUCCAUUUGAUUGGAGUGAGGAGGUUGAAUUAACCGAAAAGCUAGAAGCCGAACGUGCCAGUCGUAGCUCCUCUGUAUUAAGCUUACGUGAAAACGUUAAUGUACCAGGAAAUGAAACUACAACAGGUGGUCACAGUCGACGUAAAAAAAAAAAGCGUGAGAAGAAGUACGCAGCAGACCGAGGCAGGAGCAAUAGUAGAGAUAAAGCUCGAGUUAACAGCCGUGAUCGGCAAAAUAAUCAACAAAAUAGGGAGAAUGAUAACUACAAUAACAAUCAAAAGAAUAGUAGUAGUAGAAGAUAUGAUCAUAGAAGACAUCGCAAUAUUAUACAACGUAGUCGAGAAUCUAGUAAAGAUAGAAAUUAUCGAGGGGGUAAUCGGAAUUUCGAUGACCUUCAUAGACAUAGAUUAUCAUCUGAUCGUUAUUUAGAUGAAAAUUGGAGAACAGGUAGAAAAAUGUCAGCAUGUGAGUCUGACGAUGGACGACAGACACCUAAUGUUUCCUCUUACUCUAUUCCUUUAUCGAAUACAACUUUGAAUUUGGCAACGCAUCAGACAUCACCUAGUGGAUAUAGUAACUCACAACCACCAGGUGUUUUAGUGUUACCCGAUACUGGCCAAUCGCCGCCUAGUCAUUCAGUUUCAAGGCAGCAAGUUCAACAGCAAAGAACAUUAUUUGAUCCCAACAAUCCUAAUAAACCUAUCGUUGUUACUUCACCUAGUAGUAGAGCUGCGGUGCAAAGAGAAAGCGAUACUAUGACUCAAAGUUCGACUGUACCAGUGUUUCAAUCCCACGGAGGCAUUUCUUCUACGCAUCAUAGCUUCCAGGGAGCACACUUGGAUGGUGUACCACCACCAUAUAUGACAAAUGACCAAUUUGGUAAUAUAAGACCAUCGUGGUACGAUCCUUAUUCAGAUAGUUUCCGAUUAGCCAAAAAUCCUUACCUACUUUUGGACAUAGAACGCGCCGAUUUAGAAUUGCAAUGGAUAUUAAGUUCUGGUGGUUUUACGUCAAAUUGGGAGAGAGUUUUGUACAUAAGGCACUUUCUGCAAGAAAGCUUGAAAACUUUGCUCGAGACUGAUAUCAAAUUUUGUCAAGCUGAAAACGUUGAGCAACAUUUUUGGAAGAUACUUUUUUACAACAUGAUCGAGAUGCUACGUAAAGGCAUGCCUAAGGAGAAUCCCGAAGGUCGUGAACAUUACAAAAAAAUAAUGUUGAAAAUUAUCGAUGAGGGUACCGUGUAUUUAGAGGGUUUGUUAACUGUUCUUGAAACCAAGUACGAAUUCAAAUUGGACACGUUUCUUGCGUCAUCAACGUUGCCUAAGGGUCUUGGUAUCUUAGGUUUAGCUUUAGUAAGUGCCCAGAAAAUAUAUUUGUUUUUGGGUGAUUUGGCAAGAUACAGAGAGCAAGCAAAUGAGACGAAUAAUUACGGAAAAUCUAGACAAUGGUAUUUGAAAGCACAACAACUUAAUCCAAAGAACGGGAAACCAUACAGUCAACUCGCGCUAUUGGCUCAUUAUGCUAGACGAAAAUUGGACGCGGUAUAUUAUUACAUGCGGUCUCUAAUGGCAUCCAAUCCUCUACAUUCUGCGAGAGAGAGUUUAAUAGCACUUUUCGAUGAAAAUAGAAGAAAGUAUGAAUCGACGGAACGGAAACGAAAGGAGGAAAGGGAAUGGAAGGAAAGGGCCAGAAUGAAAGAAAAAGAAGGAGCAAAUAAUAUUGGAGGAGGUUUGAGGAGAGAAAUAUGGAUUCAUCCUGGUGGAAGACGUGUUCGUCGUACAACUACUGCAGCCACUGCCAAUGAAGCGAGGCUAUCUCAUAGUGAUUUAGAAGAAUUGGCACAACUAAGCAGUGUCGAGGUGAAUAAACGAUUUGUUACAUCUUACCUUCACGUCCAUGGGAAGCUGAUCACCAAAAUAGGGAUGGAGACGUUUCAAGAGGCUGGUGUUCAGAUGCUGAAAGAGUUCAGAGCGCUUCUUCAGCAUUCGCCUCUACCACUUCCUGGGACGAGACUUCUUCAGCUACUCGCAUUGAACAUGUUCGCCAUCGAGUCGACGCAGCUGAAGGAUUCUCAAAUGGAGCAGGGCUACCGGUCCGAGGUCCAAGAAAGGGCACUGGUCGUAUCCUUGCAGAUGUUCAAUCUGAUUUUAGAACGUGGCGUGUCCUUGUUGAAGUCUCAGUUGGACAGCAGCGAAGAACCGAGGAUGGUUGUUAGCGAGGACAUGCAAGUCCUUUUACCAGCUAUCAAGAUUUGGUGCGAUUGGAUGCUCUGUCAUAGCACUGUUUGGAAUCCACCACCAUCAUGCACGGAUUACAGAGUUGGCCCGGCUGGAGACGCCUGGAGCAGAUUAGCUACGAUGGUGAACUUGCUGGAAAAAUUGAAUUACUCCAGGACGAUACUGAUUCAGCCGAAGGAUGCAGAGGGUCGAGAGGAUGAGCUCGAGUUGGUUAAGUUGCCGGAGGAUGUGACCCUGGCAGGAUUCACGCCUCUCAUGUCGAAUCCUCAGGAUCCGUGCUACAUAGAAAAGAACGAAGAUAUGGAAGUUGCUCAAGUAUGCCUCAGGAUAAACAAGAUUCUGUUCUUUGGCCAAGUGUUUCUGUGUGGCCUCGAAACCCCGGUGCUGAAGUUGCAGAAAAGCGAGACCGGUGUCAGUGAAUACGUUUCUGUGGUCGAAGCAUCCAGCACCAGUACCCCGAGUUCACCCCCUGAACAGAGCGACUCGGAGCUUCUGGUAGAGAGUUACAGCGAGGGUGAAGAUGAACCAGCAUCUACCCUGAGGAGAUUACCCUCGUGCACAGACGUACCUGACGAUAAUACCGCGCCUGUGGCUGCAGUUGAGAUAAGGUCGCUGAUCGAGAGGAAAGAGGAGCUGGAGAGGCGGCAACGGAAACAGGAUCGUCAUCGGCAACGAGUACAGCAAAUCUUGCAGAAUUCAUCAGUCUCUGUGGAAAUCGAAGUGAGACCGAGGCAAUUGGUUCCAGACACUAAUUGUUUCAUCGACUAUCUGCCACAGUUGCAAAAUAUCACCAAGGCAACCUCUGGUGCACAACCGAUUUAUACGCUUAUGGUGCCGCUUGUGGUUCUGAACGAGCUCGAGGGUCUAGCGAGGGGUGCCGAUGCCAGGGACUGUCCUCCAGCUUCGAGGGCGACUUUGGACCCAGAGCACGUGGCCAGGGUGGCUGAGAGCGCCAAGGUGGCUCUGGCCUUUGCUAGAAGCAGAAAUCCAGCGAUCAGAUGCUUAACCACCAGAGGAACUGUCCUUACUUCUAGUACAUUCACCGUGGAAGAAGAUGUUGACAAGGACGGGCUGACAAGAAACGAUGACAGAAUACUGGCUACGUGCUUGAGCCUCUGCAAGGCGGCCAACAAAGAUCAAGCGAAUGCAGAUGUAAACGAAUCAAUACCUUUGAUUCGAGCAGAAGAGGGUCAGCCAAGACGACUGAGAAGGGAAGUGGUCCUAUUGACAGAGGACAGGAACUUAAGGGUGAAAGCUUUGGCCAGGGACGUUCCCGUAAGGGAGGUUCCCGACUUCAUGCAAUGGGCCGGUCUCGGCUGAGAUUUUUAUUCGACCAAACACACCCGUUAACGAAAAAUCUCCCGUUAAACCCCCCCGCCGAGUAAACUUGACCAGCAACAGCAACCAGCAUCACCAUCGACGCGAAAAAAACGGAGAUCGUGGAAGGAAAAAAGAGGAGGAUGUGUUGUCUCGUCCUUGCGGAUGUUCAUCGUGUGCUUCUCCCCCAAGUAAAACGUGGCCGAUCAGCUGUCACGCGCGUGCGACGGAUCUUCCGUUCACGUAAGUUCGUCCUGAUUGUCGAGGUCGUGCCUCUUUUUUCAUGGUCACGCGUUCCUUUCUCGGCACGGCGAGGAUACUAGAAACGAGCGGAUUAAUCGCUUCGUCGCGUUGUUUUAUCCACGAUGAAUCGGCGAAGCUAGGCGAGGCGAGUCGAGAAUCGUAAAGAGGGGACCGCGCGGAUUCGCGCGCGAGUAUUCUCGUGAAAUCUUUUAAACCAAGCUUCUCCAUCGAAAGCUGUAGACGAAAAUUGGGAACGGAAGUUACUUUGGAGCAUGGUAAGGAACGAUGGAAGGCGUUUAGGCAGGAAACGCGUGUAGGGUUUCGAGGGAGAUAUCGAAGGAACAAGGUGAUCGGAUCGAUGAGAUACGAUUGAAAGGAUAGAGAAAGAAUAAAAAGGAGAAUGAUAGGUAGAUAAAUAUAUAGAUAGAUUAAAUAGAAGCGUCGGUAUUUUUACACACGUGAAUAUUUUUUGGUUGAUUUUUAUCGAUGACGACCGCCACCAACGCGGCCGGCUUCAUUUUUGUGUACCUUCCUUUUAUCAUGUUUGUAACAAUCUAUACACACACGUAUAUAUAGAUAUAUGUAUAUCUACAUGUAUAUAUUUGUACGCACUUUUGAAUAUUGUAUACGCCGUAUGCGGUCGUUGGAGGAUGCGUUCGGAAUCCGUCUUGUGUUCUUUGCCUUUCAUUUCGCUUCUCUCUAUUUUUUUUUCUUUCCCUUUUCUUUUUCUUUUCGGUUUUAUCGUGCCGUCCUUAGCGAGAGACUCGUACAGAAUCGUUUUUUUGGAAUUAAUUUUUCUUUCUCCUUUCUCCUUUUACCCUUCGCCGCCUCCAGCCUCCAUUUCUCCGACAAUGACCAUCUCGCGCGGCUAGCUGUUGCUUCUUUUCGAAAUAUUUUCCUUCUAUUUUUUACGUAAUUUCCAAUUUUCUUUCGAUGCCUUUAUUUUAUGUCAUUGUUUUCCUUUUUUUUAUAGAGAUUUUUUUGUAACACCUUGCGAAGAUUUUGUUAAAUUAUUCAUUUUACAAAGAUUUGUUGAUUUUAUUCUGUAUAGGCAUUGGUAAUUCAAUUGUUCAUCAAGAAAAUUAUAAUUUUUAUGGAUUUUGUUUUUAAGUAUUUAAAUAUUUUAUUCGCAAAGUGUUACGAGAGGAAUUUAUACUAGGUUUUUUUAUAGCAAUUUACGCACGACGAGGAUACAUUUUUACAGCACAAAUUGUGAUCGUUUCAAGUGGAGCACCACGGACACAAAUCAGUUGUGUGCUUCUGCAUUUUCAGUUAACUUCGUAAGUUCGAGCCAUCAAUAUGGGAUCUCGAAUCCUCGUCGUUUUCCAGCGACUGCGAGCGUUUUCUUGUCGAGCAUGCUGCGAUCGUCAGUUUUUUAAUCGACACACUUGCACGCAUCAGAAUAAACGAGAUAGAGACAGUUCUUUUCGAUGAUAAAAUAGCCAUUUUGUGUGCUAACUUGGUUAAAUUUGAAUACAUUAAAAAUCGAUCUAAUAGACAGAAGUCUAUUUUGGAAUUUGAAGUGUCAUUUUCUUAAUUGAAUUUGUGUGAUUUAGUCAAUUAAAUAGAUAUUUCCUUCUUGUCCCACUUUCAUUGAUUAAAUGUCAUUUUAUCAAUCAAGUUGGCACUAUUUUGUACAACAAAUUGGUGUUAACCUCAUUAGUUAAAAUUAUCAUUAGUUGAUGAAAUUGAUGCUAUUUAAAUUGACCAAAUAGCCACCACUUUGUUAUUUUAUUGACACAAUGAAUUUUACAUUUCCAUAAAUAAAUUGUUGAUUAAAUUAAUAAGAUUUUAUUAAUCAGGUUGGCACAAUUUCUGUUGAACGAGAAUGGUUUGGUUGAUAAAUUAUUCAAUCAAUUGUCUUCUCGUGAAAUGGAAAAGUAAUUAGAAACGCUUUUCAUUAGCUUCAAUUCAGAUAAAACGUUAGAUUACCUACAGAUUUCUCGGUGACGAUUCUUAGCAAUCUCUAUUUUCCUUUCGUUCCAUUAGUACCUCCUGUGACCCACAAUUUCUCUUUAAAAUCCUCGAUAUUAACACUAGCCGCAAACGAUCUUAAUUAAUCGAAUGGUACGCAAAGAAUAGAUAUCUCAGUAUUGCACUCAUGCUUAUAGCUCUUCAACCUCAUAAUUAGAUGCACCUUAUAAUGAAUCAUCACCUUCGAUUAAAUAAGUAAAACAGGAAUAAUAGAAUUACGUGAAGCUGGUUAAAAAACAAUUAUUGUGGGAUACAGAAGGUUAACACGUUGAUUGCCCCCAGAUAAUUAAUUUUUAAAUUUAAGCCUGAAAUUUUUGUAUUUUCUAUAAUAUUCUAUUCUGUUUUCCUCGAGGGGUCAGUGGUGACUCCAUCGGCAUUCAAGAUGUUAAAUUUUAGGACCCGGUAUCAGUGAUUCCCACGGCAGUCAUCGUGUUAACGAAAACAAAAAAAUCAACCAAAUCAGAGACAAUUUGCAUGGAUUAAUCUAAUUAAAAGGAGUGAGAGAGGCGAACAAAGUGUGAAAGUGAGAAACGAGGGUUUCAAGAGACUUUACAUGUCCUUAUUCUUCAAUGAAACUAUAUAGUUACUUAAUUAAUACAUCAUGCGAAUGAGAGAGAACGAUUAAAACUGAAAACGAUCAACAGACGUACACUGCAGAAUGUAAUUCUUCGUUCUUUUUUCUUUUUAAUUAUCGUAAUUAGUUAUAUACCAUCGUUUCUAUUAAUGUUAUAUUUUUAAUUGUUUAGCAUGUAUACGUAGGAAGACGAUUAGCUCAAUGAUAUAUUUAUCUUUGAGGAUGUUCUAAUACGUUCUGUGUCGCGUAGAAUUAGAAGAUUUUUAAAGCGAGCUGUCUUAGAAACAUCUCAUUAUUUUAUUAGGAUUCUAGUUCAAAUAUUCUCAUAAUACAAUUUUUUACUUUUAACGAUUGUCGCGGGUCGUCGGUGACCCCUCCAGGCAUGGAACGUAUUAACGAUAUGAUUUUCCCUAACAGUAGAAGAAACUGAAGAUACUCGAAGAAGAUUUCGAAGACUCAACCAUCUUACAUUUCCACCUUCAACACCAUUUUAUUAAAAUUAAAUUUUUAACCCUUUCAGCAUCAUUGGCACUUUGGAAGUUUAGCAGGCAAACCAGUGAAAGUAUUUUUUAAAAAAAUUAUAAUAAUAAUUCUCUAAAUUAGUACAUCUUAUGUUAAUUACAAUUAUUUGAUUUUCAUGAUAAAUUUUUCAGUAUUUGAUUUUUUACAGUUAUUUAUCAAAGGGUACUUAUUACUGAUAUUUUUUUAUAGUGAAAGGGUUAAAGAUUCUUCCUAGAACCUGAUCAAUGUAAAUCGUCGUUCCCUGCACGAAUCUUCGAAUAUUUUUUCUUCUGACAGGUAAAUGGGGCGAGAGUGCGACAGAGAAAAACGAGUGGAGGCAGCCAGAAUCAAUCGUGUUCGAUGGAAACGAUCGUUACCGAUGCUACGAAGCAAUAAAUCGAAUAGAUUUAUGAACAUCCUUACUCGAAUCCCUGUUUCUCCGUUGAUUCGUUCGUUAACAGUUCCCCGUGGUGCAAUAACGUGGCGAGGUGACGACGUUUCCUCGUUAUCGUGGUGCUUCAUUUAAUUUGAUGACUUUGAUUUCGAUGGUUCGUGCAUUGGCAUGAAAGAAUUUAAAAAAAGAAAAUGAUUUACAGAAGGAAAAAUUUAUGUUUAAUUGUAAUUCCCUCAAAGUAGAACCUUCAAAAUUUUGUCACGAAUGAUUGAUUCUACGCUGUCUGCUUAAAUAUAAACGAACAAAAAAAUAAUAGAAUAAAAGAAAUGUAGAUUUUUUAAGGACGUCGAUGUUUCACGUGCGAUUUAAUGGAAAAAAAGAUAUGUUUAAAUAGUAAUUGUUUUCGGAUGAAUUUUUAUGCCCUGAAUGUGUAUCUAGGAAUGAGUAUGAAAACGCUCGACUAUAGAAUGAGUAUACAAAGACACACACGUACGCCAUUCGUCACCGAUUUUAUUCAAGAUUCCCGCAAUAUCAAUAUUAUGCGUAUAGUAAUUAAAAUAAUGUAAUGAACGGAAGCACGGUUCGUUUGUGUUUCGUCUCAGGAAGAGAGAGAAAAAAUGAGAGAGUAAGCGAUGCGACGACGAUUAAUGAUGAUGAUAAUGAUAAUGAAAUGAAAGACUAUGAUGCAAAUGUAGAAUUUUUAGGCUAAUCAUUUAUUACACUUAUGAGGAAUGUCACUAUUAUAGUGUUACCAUUUUGAUUAUUCAAUAAAACGCGACGUUGACGGAAUCGCUGUUAAA